AUGGGUUUCAAUGGCCCUAUUCGUAUGCGAGGUGCAGAGCUUAGUUUCACCAUCUUCGAGGAGUACGAGUAUGGUGUGAAAAAACCCAAACGGCUCUAUCUGGGAAGCUUUAUAGGCAGUAGUUCACGGCACGCAAUCGUUGACUACAGUUUGAAGACCAGGGACUACAUCAACACUACAUCUAUGGACUCGGAGCUCGCGCUAUUAACCGCGAAUCUCACACUCGCCGCUCCAGGAAAGAUAUUCUACGACCCAUUUGUUGGCACAGGUAGCUUUCCGAUCGCUUGCUCUCAUUUCGGUGCCAGGACCAUGGGAUCUGACAUAGACGGGCGAAUGGUGAGAGGAAAGAAUGGGAAAGACAUUAGGACUAAUUUUCGACAGUAUGGAUUGCUUGAUAGGUAUCUCGAUGGCUUUAUCUCGGACUUGACGCACAGCCCGCUUAGGAGAGGGAGAUGGCUGGACGGUAUCGUUGGUGACCCACCGUAUGGUGUUAGAGAGGGUCUGAAAGUUCUGGGGACAAAGGAUGGGCGUGGAAAGGAAGCUGUGUUUAUCAACGGGGAGGCAUCACAUUUACAAGACAAAUAUAUCCCGCCAAAGAAGCCGUACAGCUUCGAAGCUAUGCUAGACGACCUGCUUGAUUUCGCCGCACUAUCGUUGGUAGACGAAGGGAGGCUUUCUCUCUGGAUGCCGACCGCGAAUGAUGAAGAUGGAAUCUUAGGGAUACCAUCACAUCCAUACUUAGACUUGGUCAGCGUUUGCGUUCAGACAUUCAACAAAUGGUCUAGAAGGCUUUUGACGUACAGAAGAUUGCCAGACUCUGAGAUCAAAGGAGACUUGAACAUGAGGCAAAGAGAAGCUGCAAAAGGAAGCAGUGCUAAUGACUUGAACUCUUUUAGGAAACGAUAUUUCGAAGGAUUCAAAGCUUCAGGGGCAAGUGAGAAUCCUCAAGAGGUGCCCACCAGUGAGGUGGAAGGUCCGCCAGAGUCAGCAAAAACUUUCGUUCCAGAUGGCCUCUUAGCUAAGAAGAAGGAACUUGAAAAGUUGAAGAACCGCGCACUGGAAAAGAAUCAGGAGUUGCGUGAUCUUGAGACCGCCCUGGCCCAGAAAGAAAAACAACGGAAUGCAGAAAUCGAAGAGCUCAGGAAAGAGCUUGGGACAGGUCGACAGUCAUGGAUGACAGCCGAAAAGCACUGA